AUGGAGGAGGCGGAAGUACUAUGUGAUGGACUUGUCAUUUUUGUCGACGGUGGUUUCCAGUGCCUUGGUAACCCAAAAGAGCUGAAAGCCAGAUAUGGCGGCACCUAUGUACUGACAAUGACAACGUCUUCGGAGAAUGAGCAGGAGGUUGAACAGCUUGUUCAGCGCUUAUCACCAAAUGCAAGCAGGAUAUACCAUAUUUCAGGAACCCAGAAAUUUGAGCUGCCAAAGCAGGAGUUGAAGAUUGCAGAUGUAUUCCAUGCCGUCGAGAGUGCAAAACGGCGGUUCAGCAUAUAUGCUUGGGGCCUGGUUGACACCACCUUGGAGGAUGUCUUUGUUAAGGUUGCCAAGGGAGCACAAGCAUUCAGUGUUGUUCCAUAA